UUUCUGCUGUUUUUGGAAAACCUACCUGUGCAGUAUACCGUCUUACAUUGGGGUGCUAAACAUGGAAAUGCCGAAAUAAUCAAAGUAUUUGCAGGGACUUACAAAGUAGAUGUUAAUGCCAAAACGAAUGGGGGAUAUACUCCUCUUCAUAUUGCUGCCCAAUUUGGACACAAGGACAUCUUCAAACUACUAAUUGAAGUAUAUAAGGCCAACUCCAACGCGAGGGACUUCAGUGGACGGACACCAGAGUACUACCUCCUCACCAAAGAGCAGACAGGUCCAAAGAGCAAUGUCAGAAAAAUAAAACGAGGAAAAAAACAGUCUGAUAAGGAUUUGGGAUUUCUACGUAUUGGAUCCUUGAAUGUUAGAGUCAAAAAAACAACCGAAGCAUUCAGUAAUUUUCUGGGAGUUGGUGGAGGAUCUGUCAGUUCGCUAGAUGGCGCUACCGACAAACUACACAAAGGAUGGGGAUCUGCUGAUAACGUUAAUACUCAGGAAACCAUGCAAGCUCCCAAGGGUUAUAUAGGAAGAAAGAAGUCGAAAUAUUCUUCAGGUAGCAUCUCAAAUAGCACCCCAACUACUCCAAAACAGUCUAGGGGAAUGCACAUACAGCUUGGCAACCAAGAUUCAGAUUCUGAUACUGCAGCAGGUUUCGAUAACCAAUGGAAGAAAUAAUAAUCACUAAUCAGUCAUUAUUUGAGAAGUGUCACAUUCCAAUUUCGAAUUUUUGUACUUAAUUAAUUUAUUGUUAAUUAUUUGAAUUUUAUAUUGAGGUUGUGAUUGUUAAUUGAAUGAUUGGAAUGUUGUCUCUAAAUAUAUAAUGUGUUUCUAUUGAA